GGACUUUUUAGUCUUCACCACGGAUUCCCAACAGUCAACAUGGCCUCCCUCCAGUUCCUCGAGCCUGCCGGCACCACCCGCGCAACAGAACUUCCUGCCCUCUCCUCAACAGGACUUCGUCUUGUUCGACCAACCCGCCAGAACCAGCGUUAACCGCACCGCUUCCUCGCCUGCCAACACCGCAGCGAACAACUUUGGAUCAUUGAACAGCACUCCCAGGCGUCACUCGUCUCAUCAGACCACCGAUUCUCCCUCUCUCCAGAAUCAGCGAGUGGCCCAGAUCAUCCAAUCAACAGGGCAUAACACUACUACUUCGGCGUAUACCAACCGGUUUAAUUCUCCAGCGCAAAACCAACAGAGUCACCAGCAGUUUUACGCAUCCUUAUCUGCUCCGCAAUCAUCCGUCGCAGUGAAUCAACAACAGAACCGACCUGCUCGUCCACCUGUUCCGCUAUUCACACAGGGCAUCGUUAGACAAAACAACUCCAAAAUGGAUUUGAACGACGCUCUCAGCAGCUUUGAGGAUUUCGCCGCCCUCACCCCCGAGGGCGGUGCAUCCAGCACGACUUUCUCAUCUCCGGCUAUCCCGGCCUAUGAUUUGCACUCUGUUUCUAGCUCCACGACAAACAUGGGCACUGUCUCUCCCCACGACUUGCUCAUGCAGGAGCCUUUCUCUGCGCCCAACUCCGCUGCUUUCACCAACCUGACUUCGCCGUCCAUCUUCAACGAGUCGCCUGAAUUUCAUGACAGCUUCGAUGUUUCUCCCAACUUUGGGAGCAACGACUUCGAGUCUGGCGCCAACGACCCUUGGUUCCCUCUCUUCCCCCAGGAGAACACUAUCAAGGAGCCCGUUGCCAGUUUGGACAACUCUCCUUCCCUGAUGCCAGAGGACCUAGACGUGGUUGAGACCUCUCAGCCUCGCCGAAAGUCUGCCAACUCCCCAACAGGGCAUGGUCGCCACUCUUCUGUCUCAGGUGUUAACGCUCGACGACGUGACAAGCCUUUGCCUCCCAUCGUUGUUGAUGACCCCAACGACACGACUGCUAUGAAGCGAGCCCGCAACACUCUUGCAGCUCGUAAGUCUCGUGAACGUAAGGCUCAGAAACUGGAAGACCUCGAGGCAACGAUUGCGAAGCUUGAGGCUGAGCGUGAUCACUGGAAGCGAAUUGCCAUGGGCCGAACUAGCUCAUAAACCAUUGGUAUUUUUGGGACAGGUGCUUUGGAAAGAACUGGAGGGACAGGCCUUAGAUGGCCCUGUCGCCUCCCAGGAGGCAGUGGUACCAGUCUGACACUACUGGCGUGCAGACAAUGACGCUACUUGCU